UGACAUCUUCAAUUAACUACCUAAACAUCCAAGUAUUAAAUUAUAUCACACCUUUUAUUAACUCACAAGACUUGUAAAUCAGUCCUUGGUGGUAAGACAGAGAUCUAAUCCCGAAAGCUCUGUAAUCCUUCUGUUAAAGAUUGACAUAAAUACAAAGACUCACAUCAGAUAUAUAGACAGAAUAUUUUAUCUUGGGAUUUAUUUAAACCAGCGCGUGUGUUUGGUCUUGGAGCUCGUAUAAUGUACAUCAACAAAGCAUAUAAAAUUCUUAUUGCUACUCUGUUAGUGCUUCGAUACGCUGUUGAUGCAAAGGUUGAGGACCGAGAAAAUACUGAUAGUGCUAGUCAUCUGUUUGAUCCAAUGGAUUCAAAUGGGGAUCCUUCUGUAGUCAAUCCGAGCAGGCCACAAAUUGAAGACACACGACCUAGUGUUUUUGGAAUGACUGCACGAGAGGCACUUCGCAUCAUCGACAAGAUACGACUCGAAGAUUCCGACUGCGAGAAGAUGCUCGAGACUCGAAGCAUGGAAGUCUUAAGGAUCAAAUAUGAGAACACAGUGUACAACAGGCAAGCUGAAAUAGCUAUACGAACUGCAAAUCUUGUUACAGACAUUCUUCCUACAGGAUCUACAAAGUCCCUGCCUGGACAACCAUCCAAAUCGGUUCUUCUAAGCAACAAUGACAUUUUGUACAGUAUCGUAAGGAAUAACGUGGAGAGCGAUAGCCUGAUCUUUGGAUCGGCUGUCAUCUUCAACAACUAUCCAAAUUUCGGAACUUGGUACGCCCCCUAUGCUUACGGAAACCUUAACGAUCCUUUCAUCAAGGUCAAAGACCUGUCCACAACUUGGAGCUACUUACAUGAACUGUUUGUCAACUUUGUUAAGGCCAAAUCUCUUGGUCGACCUUUUCCUCAGCGUACGACGUAUUUCUUCCCACGGUAUAACAAGACCUCCGAUAAACCACAAGUAAAUUUGACUCACUUUUUCGUGGAGUCGCUUGAUGGAUUAUGGACAAGGCCCUACUACGAGUGCACGACUUCAAGGGCUUGGCAAAUCACUUACACUGCACCUAUCAUCGGGAACUGGACUAGUGGAGCAAAACCUUCAUUCAUGGGGGUGACAACAAUUGACAUCGAGCUAACAAAUGUGGACAUCAACCAGUGUGACCGUGAUUCAGGGGGUCCUUUUCAGUUUGAGGUGUUCAUUGGUACACAUCGAUGUAAAAACUUCACAACUAUGUGUGUUCACACAAAAGGACUUGGAUUCCAGGCCGGAUCUUACAAAUGUGUCUGUAGGCCUGGGUUCUAUUUCCCGGUAAACUUUGCCCGCAAAAACUGGUUCAAUGGAUCGGAGGUAGAGAAGCUAGCACAGGAUAAUAGGAGUAUUUACUAUACGAAUCCUGAUUCCUUUGAAUGUCUUCCUUGUCGGGAAGGCUGCGUGACGUGCGUCGACGAUUCGCCGUGUGUCGUGACUUUAAACUGGCCAUUGCGUUACGCCUUGACGAGCAUCACCAUUGUCGCUGUACUUAUUGCAUUAGGGACUGUUGGCGUUGUUAUAUUUUACAGAGAAAUCAAGGUCAUCAAGUCAGCCAGUCCACAGUUUCUCUGCAUCAUUCUUCUUGGUUCAAUAUUAAUGUAUCUUGAGAUUGUAGUCUUGUUCCCACAAGCCGAAGAACUGCUUUGCAUCGUUCGUUUGUGGUUACGUCACUUGGGUUUUGGUUUGGCAUACACGUCACUCCUUCUCAAGACGUGGAGAAUUGCUGUAAUAUUCCGAGUCAAGUCAGCUCAGAAAAUAAGGUUGACUGAUCGUCACUUACUGACUCGCCUCGCUCCCAUACUGGCCGUGUACUUGGUUUAUCUUCUGGCCUGGUCACUAGCAGCUUCCAACAGAGUCCUGGAGCACAAAGACACCCAGGAUCGAAAAUUCUACGAGUGCGCAGUGGAUUGGUGGGAUCACGCAAUACUGAUAUUCGAAGUUCUGUUCUUGUUGUGGGGUAUUCGUCUAUGUUACAACGUACGCAAGGCACCGUCAGCAUUCAACGAAAGCAAGUUUAUCAGUUGGUCCAUUUACAACAUGUUUGUCGUGACGUUCUUUCUUAAAAUCGCAAGGUUAUUCAUUACAAGUGUUGCUGGUCCAGACAUGAACUAUCUCAUCGAGUUCUUCCGUGUUCAAUUCACUGUGUCUGUUUUAAUAGGACUUGUGUUCAUUCCCAAGAUUUUUAGGAUUAUCAAAGGAAGAGGUGACAUGUUUGAUACUAGCGGGAAAAUUGCUUCCAUUAAAGGAGCAGCACUGAACAUGAAGAACAUGACCAGCGGUAUUAGUUCUGAAGGAACUGUCAACAUUGCUCAGGAAAAUGAUGACUUAAAGGCAGAAAUCCGUAAGCUGUACUCGCAACUUGAGCAGAUCAAGACCUCCAACAUGGAAGCUGGUAACCGCCAUUUAUCCAAGUCCACGUCGAAUAUCUACGACACGAGUGCCUCGUUCUCCAGCCUUGGAACAAGUUAUGCAAAUCCAAAUGCCACUCCCAGGAGAAGCAGAAGAAAUCAACGCCUAUCUCCUGCUGCGGAGCUCGCUAGUGACUACGUCUAAUACCAUUCAUAUCUCAAUAUGUCUUUCCUCUUCGUUCUUAUCUUACAGUUUUUUUGGCUUUUUUAAAAUGUAGAUAUUUGAACGAGAUGGGAGUAAAUCUGCGAAACGUCUAAUUGUGAUCCAAUUUUCAUGGAAUUUCCGAUCCCUCUUUACAGUUAUUCAGACUUCCUAAGCUAAUAUGUUGGAACUUUGAAAUCAGUGUUUUAGCGCGUGUGUUUCUCCCAUACCCAUGGAGUUAUUCUAAUAUAAUAAUAAUGGGAUUAACAGUGGA